AUGCCCCAGGAUAUGCCCCCAGUGGGGGGCUAUGCCUCUGUCCAGUACAAGCGGAACGUCCCAGCCCGCGGCUUCAAGCCGGUCUACUACCUCGUCGGCAUGCACAUGAUCAUGGCCUACGGCUUCUACAAGUACUUCCACGGCGUCCGCGAGCAACGUGAACUCGCCCGCGAGAAGAUCUGGUCCCGCCUGUACCUGACCCCCCUCCUGCAAGCCGAGGAGGACCGCGACCAGGUCCGCCGCCAUCUGGCCGACAAGGCCCGCGAGAAGGAGCUCCUGGGCACCGAGCAGAAGAUCUACAACUCUGACCGCUUCAUCCGCCCGACUUACGUCUAUACCCCGUCCAAGGUUACCCAAUAG